AUGGAUGAGGGAAGCAGCUCUUCGUCAUCAGCACCAAAGAAAAUGGAUUUCAACGAAAGAUUCAAAAUGUUGCACAAAAUGAGACAAACAACCCGGAAAGAGAAUCAUGAACAAGUUGUUGAAGAAGAUCGAAGAAGUAAACUUCCGAAAAAUCACGAAGCAAAGAAACAACGAGAUCAAUGGCAAGUUCAGGAAUUGGAAGAAAGAAAAGCGGCAGAAGAAAAAGGAUUGGAUUAUGAGAGGUAAAUAUUUUUAUUAAAAAUGAACCAAGAACUCCUAUUUUUGCAGAGUGAAAGCGCUUGAAUUAUCUGCUGAUGUGACUGAAAAAUUGGAGCAAAAACGGAAAAGAAAGAAGAAUCCAGAUUUGGGAUUUUCAUCGUAUGAAGAUAUGACACUUCGACAACACACAAGAUUGACAGCAGCACUUGAACCUGAUUUGGAUAAUUAUAAAAAGAUGCGCGAAUGUGUUGGAGGCGAACAAUUUUAUCCAACCGCUGAUACUCUUAUUCAUGGUUCACAUUAUCCAACAACAAGUGCAAUGGAUAAACUUGUUGGUGAUGUUAAAGGACAAGUUAAAAGACGAGAACAAUAUCAUCGACGUAGAUUGUAUGAUCCAGAUGCACCAAUUGAUUAUAUCAAUGAGAAAAAUAAGAAAUUCAAUAAGAAAUUGGAGAAAUAUUAUGGAAAAUAUACCGAGGAUAUAAAAGAAGAUUUGGAAAGAGGAACAUCGAUUUGA